AUAUAAUGUUGACAUUCACAUUUAGUUGGACGAGAUAGUUUUAAAACGUUAAAUAAAUUUUUAAAUAUUUGAUUUUUCUUAAAUAGCUUUCUAGAAUCAAAUUUUAUUUUCUUAAAUAAUAAACAUUAUUUGUUAAAUAUAUUUUAUAUUAAUUACAAAGUGCUAUUUGUUUUUUCGCGCACGAACUUGGUGCAUAUCGUAAAUUACGAAAAAGAGUGUCAAGUCGGUGUAGGAAUGUGGCACUUCAAAAUGGCUGCCAGUUACUUUAGUAAUUUACGGCUGUACCUUUCUUUGUUGUUGCUGAAGUAAUUACGACUAUAUAUUGGAAUACUAUAGAAUUAUUUUUAAGGGAAAAUAGUGAAUUAGAAGAUUUAUGUGUACAUUAAUCUUGUCACAUGGAUUUUGUAGAAACGUGAGAAUAGAAUAUGCUCUGAAGUCGUUCUCUCCUGAUUGCUAUUUCAGUUAAACUUAUUUCAAGAAAAAUCUUAUCUAAUGUUUUCUGAUUUCUGAAGAAAGUGUGUGCUAUUGUAGCUCAUUUUAUGUAUAAAGAACUUAUUGGAUCAAUCCGUCACGCAUCUAAUGAAUAGAUGUAUGUAUGUAUAUAUAUAUGUCACAGCCGGAUUAAAGCUAGGUCUGAGAAGGCCUAGCAUGGGCCACUAUGAAUCCACCCACGGUUAGCAAAUCGAGCACUCGUGGCUCUGGAUAUCAUCAAAAGGCUUUAGCUGAAAUUCGCAAUUCUUUACUACCUUUUGCAAAUAUUGGAGGUGCAGGUGAAGUAGGUUCUAGUGCUGCUAGUACUAUAUCUACUUUAUCUACGACCAGUGGCAUUAGUUCUGCUUCAGGACUUAGUGGUCUCUCUACAGCUUCAGGAUCUACUCUUGAUAAAUCUGAUCAACGACAAUUGUUAGCUCAGCUAUUAGCAAUGGGAUAUUCAGAGGAAAUUGCAUUGCGCGCAUUGAAAUUAGCUGGCUGGCGUCUAGAUGCGGCUAUAGAAUUCUUGAAGCAAGCUCAGGGAGAAUCUCUAAAUGGCCUAGGCAAACUUAACAGCAAAUUAAUAAGAAAACCUAGUUUGGAAAGAGAAUUGAGUUUACAACGAGGUAGUCCUGCAUUGGAUAGUGGUGCAGGAAGUUCACGAUCCGAUAGUCCUCGUUUGGCGGAACUUAGUCCACAUCCGCAAUUGAGUCGACAAUACUCUCCAAGCAAUUUCGUAGAACGAGAACCACCUCCUCCUCCACCUCCUAGAUGUAGCUCUACACCACCCCCACCACCACCCCCUCACGCUCCAUACAAUCAGCCAAACGUACCUACUAAUAUGCAACAAAUGCUUAAGCGAAUGUCUCCUGCUCCGGUGGUUCCAACGCGACCUCCUCCUACCACACCUGGUAACACCGGUCCGAUAUCAACGUCGGUUAAUUUACCGCAAAGAGGUACAAGUCCAGUAGCAAGUUCUAAUAAUAAUUCGAAUUGUCGUCAACCUAUGAUCGUUCAAAAUGGUCCGCAAGUUCAACAGCAACUUUCUCAGCAAAUGCAAGCUCUUAGUAUUUAUCAAACAGGCAACAAUAAUUCUAAUACUCAAGUCGAACCGCCACCACCAUAUCCCAUUGUUUCUUCCUCGUCGACUGGCCCGGUACAACCACCGUCUUACAGUGCCUCUAUACAAAAUAGACAAAGUCCUACACAAUCUCAGCAAGAUUAUCGCAAAAGUCCUUCUUCUGGAAUCUAUUCUGGCCCAACAUCGGCCGGCUCUCCAAGUCCAAUUACCGUUUCUGCUAUAUCACCAAAUACACAAGCAUCUAUGGCUAGACCAACUCCAUUGCAAGCUUGGGGUGCACGACAGGCAAAAACACAACCACCAAUUAUUAUGCAAUCUGUUAAAAGUACACAAGUACAAAAACCUGUGUUACAAACUGCAAUCGCACCGACUUCUCCACAACCAAUUUCAACUACUAGUAACACACCACCACCUCCACCAUCUUAUGCAUCGUCUAUUCAACAAAAGCAGCAACAGCAACAACAGCCACAACCGCAGCAACAACAACAACAACAACAGCAACAACAGCAGUCCUCGCAAGCACCACCUCCUGCAUAUCCACCAGUGAAUAGUGUUGGCACAACAUCAACGAACAAUAUAAAUGUAGGUGUUUCUGUAGGAGUACCCACUACAGAACCACCAAGUUAUGCGACAACAAUGCAAGCAUUAGCGGCACAACGAGGAAUGCAUCAUCCAGUACCUCCUCCUCCCUAUGGAACAGCUACUACUGAAGAUUCUAAUUGCAUAUCGACGAUAGACAAUAAUACAACCCUUAGAUCAUCUCCAGUUGCUUUACAUCCUCCAUUGCAAAGAAAAUAUUCACCUGCAGAUGGAUGUCAGCAUCCUACGGAAGCUCCACCUUUACCUCCGGUAACAUCCACGUCUAUACCCUUAAGAACUAAUAACAACAUUGGUAACAAUGUCAACAACAGCAAUAAUAAUAGCAACAGUAGCAAUGGCGGCAAUAGCAAUAAUAAUAAUAAUAAUAAUAAUAAUAAUCAUUCACCCGAUAAUGGAGCAAAAGGAGCUGGUUCAUCACCUUCAUCUUACAAAAUCAAACAUCAGUCUCCGAUACCUGAACGUAAACAUAUGAGUAAAGAAAAAGAAGAAGAACGUAGAGAUUGUAAAGUUCGCAAUUAUUCUCCACAGGCUUUUAAAUUUUUUAUGGAACAGCAUGUUGAAAAUGUAUUAAAAUCUCACAAACAACGAUUGUAUCGUCGGCUUCAACUAGAAACAGAAAUGGCUAAGAUAGGUCUUAGCGCGGAAGCUCAAUGUCAAAUGAGAAAAAUGUUAUCACAAAAGGAAUCGAAUUAUAUACGGUUGAAACGAGCAAAAAUGGAUAAAUCAAUGUUCACGAAAAUCAAACCAAUUGGAGUUGGCGCUUUUGGAGAAGUAACGCUUGUUAGAAAACUUGAUACCAAUCAAUUUUAUGCUAUGAAAACUUUAAGGAAAGCAGAUGUGUUAAAUCGUAAUCAAGUUGCUCAUGUUAAAGCUGAAAGAGAUAUAUUAGCAGAAGCUGAUAAUGAAUGGGUUGUAAAACUCUAUUAUUCCUUUCAAGAUAAGGACAAUUUAUAUUUUGUAAUGGAUUAUAUACCAGGUGGAGACUUGAUGUCAUUGUUGAUCAAAUUUGGCAUUUUUAAGGAACCUCUAGCAAGAUUUUAUAUUGCUGAAUUAACGUGCGCUGUAGAAAGUGUUCAUAAAAUGGGUUUUAUUCAUAGAGACAUUAAACCAGAUAAUAUUUUAAUUGAUCGAGAUGGACACAUAAAAUUAACAGAUUUUGGUCUAUGUACAGGAUUUCGUUGGACUCAUAAUUCUAAAUAUUAUCAACAAAAUGGACAUGGAAAACAAGAUUCAAUGGAUCCUGCUGACGAUUGGAAUAAUGAAUGUCGUUGUAUCCAAUUGAAACCAUUGGAACGUAGAAGACAUAGAGAACAUCAAAGAUGCUUAGCUCAUUCCUUGGUUGGAACACCAAAUUAUAUUGCACCAGAGGUACUACAAAGGACAGGAUACACUCAAUUGUGUGAUUGGUGGAGUGUUGGUGUGAUUUUAUAUGAAAUGUUAGUUGGUUCUCCACCAUUUCUUGCUAAUACUCCAGCUGAAACCCAAUAUAAAGUAAUCAAUUGGGAAACAACUUUGCAUAUCCCGAAGCAAGCAAAUCUUUCCGCGGAAGGUAUGGAUUUAAUAUUAAAGUUAUGUGUUGGUGCAGAUCGUCGGUUAGGUAAGAACGCAGAUGAAGUAAAGAAUCAUCCAUUUUUUGCGAACAUCGAUUUUGAAAAGGGACUACGACGGCAAGUAGCUCCUCACAUACCUCGGAUACAAUAUCCUACGGAUACAAGUAAUUUUGAUCCCGUGGAUCCUGAUAAAUUACGAAAUUCAGAAUCGUCUGAUUCUAACAAAUCUGAUGAAUUAUUAGAUAAUGGUAAACCAUUUCAUGGUUUCUUUGAAUUUACCUUUAGACGUUUCUUUGACGAUGGUGGAGGUCCUGCAUAUCCUAGUCGAAUAAGUUUGGACGAUAAUGACAAUCAAGGUCCAGUUUAUGUAUGACAAUAGCUUUAGAAUUUUUUGUAUUCGCUAAGUCGAUGAUAAUGGAAUCUUUCGUAUGUUUUAUUACAAAAAAAUUAUAUUUGUAAAUAUUAUCCGAAAGAAUUUCUUCUGGAUCGACAAAUAGUUAGGAUAAUAUGAAUUAUAAAAAUUUUUCUUAAAUCGUUAUCAUGUACGCGUGCGCGCACACGCUUAUGCGUGUGCAUAUAGGAAGAUUGGAUGAACACAUAUGCGCGCGCGCGUACAUAUAAAUCCGUGUAUGUACGUAGCAUACAUUACGUUGUUUACACAAGAAAAAGAAAAGAAUAAUGAUUAGUCGUAAAACAAAAACCCUCGCGUUUGUUCCUUAAUUUCGAUAACAUAUCAUACUCGUUUUUUUUCUAAUUUGUUUUCUCUUUUCUGUUCUUUUAUAUUUCUUUUUCUUUCUCUUUUGUUUUUUUCGCAACAUCGUUGAGUUAAUCGCUCUUUUUUGGAAAGGCAAGUUUUCCUAAUUGAAAACUAUUAGAACUACGAAAUUAGUUCGAAGAUGAAAUUAUUUAUAAUUAUAAAAUUUAAAUUUAUGGGCAUUUAUCACAUUUUCUUGCAAUAUAAUUUUUAUAAAUUUUUUUUUUAUUAUAAUAUAAUGUGAAAAAUUUUAAGAAUAUGAAGGAAUUAUUAAAUUCUUUAUAAAAUAUUAUAAAAAACAAAAAAAAUACAAAAAAAUUUUUAAAAAAGAUAUGGAAUUAAUUUUUGAUAAGAUAUAUCAUGUUUUGAAUAAUAACUACGAAUUUUUGUGAUGAUUACAAAUUAAGAAAAAAGAAAGAAAGCGAUCGAUGGCUAGAUAAUAUAUAUUAUGUUUAUUGAAAGAAAAAUAUUGUGCUUGCCAUUUUGGUAUUGGCUCUUGUACCUAUCGGAAACGUGUAUUUGUAUGUUUCAGCAAGUACUGUGAUAUUGCAGAUAAUUAGAAUAAUGCGAUUUUGAACCUAUUUGUCUUAUUUAACUUCUUUUUUUUUUACAUUGAACAAUUAAUAAUAACAAAUAUAAAUAAUUAAUAUUAACUGUUAUAAAUAACUAUAUAAAUUUUUGAGUGAAUGUAAUGUGUUCAUUGCAUAUAUUAUGCGGCUGUUAUUGGUCAAACAUAUCUUUCUUUUUCUCUUCUUUUUUUCUCUUUUUUUCCCUACUCAGUCAUUUUUUGUGUUCUUUGAAUAAUUUUAAGCUUAAGAAAUUUUUAUUGAUUUAUUACCAUUUCGUAUAUAUUUUGUGAAAUAAUUAAAAAUGUAACAAUUUACAAAUUUGAUAAUAUAAUUUAGUUUCAAUAAUAAGUUAUUCAUAAAAAUACACAACAAAUCAGUUAAUUAAUUAAAUUCAAAAUAAUAUUUUAAAAUAAUUGUUAUAAUGAUUAAUUAAAAUAUUUAACUAUUGACAAAGAAAUACUGCAUUAUUGUUUGAUUAUAUGUAUUGUAUACAAAGUAAAGUAAAAAUAACUUUUUUUGCAUGUAUUAACCUGUUAAUAAUAUAUUGAUAUAGAAAACAGAAACUUUCUUUUUCCUUUUGUAAUUAAUCGAAAUUGAAAUAAAUAAAUAAAAAUUAAUAAAUAUAGAAAUAUUAAGUUGAUAAAUAAAAAAAUAGCAAUAUCAAUGAUAAUCUAAAAAAAUUUAUUAAUCUAGAUUAAUCUAAAAAGAUUAAUUUAAAACUUUUCUAAAUCCAUAAAUAAUUUUGUUUUUUAUCUAUUUCGUAUUAGAUGUUUUAUUUCAAAUUCUGAAAUUAGAUGAAAUAAUUAUUUUUAAAUUAUAAUACUUAAUGUAUGCUGUAUGUACCAAAGGAAAAAUAAGUUUCAUGUAAGACGAAAAAAUUAAUAUGAUAAAACAUAUGAUAAAUAAAUAUGAUAAUAUGUAUAUGAUAAAUCCUAUAUUAACAGCAACAGGAGAUAAAUAUUUAUAUACGUAUUUCAUACUGUUAUUCAUUUUGAGAAUUGUAUAGAAGAAUCGUACGUAAUGCAAAAAAAAUGAAUAAGAUGAAUUAAUCAUAAAUUAAAAGGGAAUAAAUAUUUUUAAUAUUUUUUAUUUUUUAAAAAUAAUUUCGAAUAUUCUAUGCAUUCUAAUAUUUUCUUAUUAUGCAUUCUUAUAUUUCUAAAAAUUAUUCUAUAUAUUCUAAAAAAUAAUUUCUCUCUCUCUCUCUCUCUCUCUCUCUCUCUCUCUCUCUCUCUCUCUCUCUCUCUCUCUCUCUCUCUCUCUCUCUCUCUCUCUCUCUCUAUCAUUUAUUAAAAUUAUAAAUAUAUUGAUUUGUAAUAAAUGAAAAAAAAAGGAAAAUUCUAAUUUUAUACAUGCAUUAUUUUAUGAUGCAUAUAAAUUAAUAUUUUGCAACUUGCAAUCAUUGAGAUAUAAAAACUAUUCAUAUUUAUUUUAAUUGUACAAAAAACUUAUGGAAUAUAUGAUGUCAUUGCUGGGUGAAAAGAAUCGAAUAUUGUGUUACAUCACAUUUGACAAAUAAUGAAUACCAAAGGGAUUUACUCUUAUUAUCAUGAAAGUAACCCCAAUUCCCAGUCUACGAUUGCUAAUUUUACUUUAUGUAUACAUAUUUUUGCAUGUUUAUAUCUUUAGUUUAUAAAUGCAUGUGAAGGAGUGACAUGCUAACAUACACUUCAGUCCAUACGUUUUUAAUAUAAACAUUCAACGAGUAUUAAUGUUUUUUUAUUUUAAACUACAAAUGAUCAAUUAAGAAUAUGAAAUAUGCGAAUGUGAAAUAUGAAUAUGGGAAAAAAAUAUCGUUCAUUACGUAUGUAUCCGUUGCUCGAUUAUUAAAAUAAAUUUCUACACGUUUAUCUGAAUAUGUAUCAUUCAUGAUACAUAUUGCAUCAUAAAAUAGAUAAAGUGAAAUGAUAUUUUUAUUAUUGAUAUAAGACAAUUGAUAUUUUUUUAAAUAAUUCCUUUAACAUGUUGAAUAAUUAACAACAAAGAAAAAAAAGUAAAAAUGGUUUUUAUAAUAUAAGUAAAUAUUGCAAUUUAAAAUGAAAUUUGUUAUUAUAAUUGUUUAUACAUCAACAUACAUUAUUUAAUACAGAUUAUAAUUAAAAAGUGUCAUUAUAAUAACAUUUUUUUUUUUUAACGCCAAUAGAAAUAUGUAUAUGAAAAGAAAAAGUAUUUGUAUUUUAUGAACACGUGACGUGUUAAACAUUUAACGAGCGACAAGUACCUCUUAUUAUAUAUAUUGACAAAAAUAUUCUUAUAUUAUAAAAUAUAUAUGUAUAUAAUAAUUUACUUCUGUAUGCUAUCUUUGUAGCUAAAAUAAAACUCAUUGGUUUCAUACAUGCUAAAUUAAGAACAGCUCAGCUAACAAAUUAUAGCGUAAUUGAAAAAUGCAAAAUUUUGUAUUAUUGAUAUAUAUCAUAAAUUACAUUGCAAUUACAAUAAAAUAUAUAGAUCUGUUAAUUUGCAUAUUAUAAGAAAGCGAUUCUGAAUUAUAGUUGUACAUUUUGUAACAUCUUCUUUUGCUUUGUAAUUAUACGAAAAAAAGUUAGAAAAGAAGAAAGUUAAUUUUAUAAACUAGUAUAAUAUAUUAUAUAUAAACUUUGUAUAUAUUUUUUGAAUAAUUAUUCUAAAUUAAAAAUAGUUUAAUGCUUAA